AUGGGCAACCAGCCUUCGUCUUCAGAGGCCCGACACUCUAGGAGUAGUGGUGAGCUCGCACGUAUUCAGCGUAAGCUCGCUGGACAGUCGGCACGUUCUGCCCCGCGGAAGCCGAAGACCUCCUCCCACGAGUCGUUGCGGGACCAAGCCUACCGGGGUACAGGUCUGGAGGCUGGUGGAACACGUAAGCCGCUCGAGGCGCCGACCCCGGUCGUCAUCAGUCAGCCAGGCGCCACUGGCACAGCGGCGGGCGGGAAACCGCGCGCCGAACGCCCGUGCUGCGCGGCGCGUGACUUGUCGCAAGCGGCGUAUGGACUCAACGCUUCGUCUCCGCCACAAAAAUCGUCAAUGAUUUUCGGACAAGCCCGAGUCACCCGGGAGGACUUUAUGCCCUUGAAGACCCUUGGACGUGGGUCGUUUGCAAAAGUGCUGCUCGUUCGUAAGCGCGACACCGGGGAGCUCUUCGCAAUGAAAAUCCUAUCGAAGAAAGCGAUUAUGGCACGUAACCAGAUAGAGCAUACUAUGGCGGAACGGCUAAUCCUGGGAAACGUUCAGCAUCCAUACAUCGUAGCACUGCGCUACGCAUUCCAAACCGAAGAUCAGCUGUACUUGGUUCUGGACUAUUGCAGCGGCGGUGAACUGUUUUUCCAUCUGAAGCGCGAGGGACGCUUUCCAGAGAGCACGGUGCGCGUGUACAUUGCGGAGAUUACGCUCGCGCUCGAGUAUCUACACGCGCGGAAUAUUAUUUAUCGUGACCUGAAGCCAGAGAAUGUCUUACUGGACCGUGAGGGCCACGUCUUAUUGGCGGAUUUCGGAUUAUCGAAACUGCUUCAAGAUAAUCAGGACAAAGCGAUGACGUAUGUAGGAACGGUCGAGUACCUGGCGCCGGAGGUGAUCACCGCGCAAGGGCAUUCGUUUGCGGUCGACUGGUGGGCCAUGGGCACCCUCAUGGCCGAAUUAAUAUCUGGCCUACCGCCAUUCUACUCAACAAAUGUGAACUUGAUGAUGGAGCGAAUUCUCAAAGCGGAGCUCCGGCUCCCAGAGUACGUAUCACCGGAGGCGCGCUCCCUGAUUGCAGGCCUCUUGACGCGCGAUCCGUCCAAGAGACUUGGGUCUGGGGCAAACGGUGCCGCCGCCAUCAAACGACACCCGUUUUUCAGCGGUCUGGACUGGGACGCGCUGAUGCAGCGGAAGAUUCCGGCACCAUUCCAGCCGGUUCGCAGCGAUGCGCCUCUGGAUUCUACGGAGAACUUUGAUACAUCGUUUACGGACGAGGCUCCAACUUUCGAUACCUCAGCGGAAGAGGAAAGAGUUCGUGCGAAAUUGCUCCAGAAAGCAGCACAUGAGCGGAUGCAGGCGACGGCGUCACUGCCGCCAGCGAAUCGGUCUGCUACGGACGCACUGAACGUGCUUGAUGGAAACCUCAUCCCAUGGACGAAGACUCCAGGCAAGGUCUUUGAGGGCUUCACCUAUGUGCCGCACCACGGAACCUGA